CCCGUUCCCCCCGGCUCGGCGGCAGCGCCCGCAGCUCCCCGCCGGUGAGUGGCGGCUCCCGCACGCCGAGCAACGUUUCAUUUCACCUUUUCUGGGAUGGAGAUUUCUUCUCAUCAGUUUCACCUCUUGCAGCAACUAAAUGAGCAGCGCAGGCAGGACUUGUUCUGUGACUGCAACAUCCUGGUGGAGGGCAAGGUCUUCAAAGCCCAUCGCAAUGUGCUGUUUGCCAGCAGCGGCUACUUCAAAAUGCUCCUUUCGCAGAGCUCGAAGGAGACCAGUCAGUCCACCACAGCCACUUUCCAGGCCUUUUCUCCUGACACCUUCACAGUUAUCCUGGAUUUUGUGUAUUCAGGCAAACUGUCGCUCACUGGUCAGAAUGUGAUCGAGGUCAUGUCAGCCGCCAGCUAUCUGCAGAUGACCGAUGUGAUCAGCGUGUGCAAAACCUUCAUCAAGUCCUCGCUGGACAUCAGCGAGAAGGAGAAGGAUCGCUACUUCAGCCUGUCAGACAAAGAUGUGAGCUCCAACGGCGUGGAGAGAUCCUGUGUGUACAGCGGAGGGUGGAGGGCAGAGAGCAGCCCCCCACAUCCCCACUCCAGCCCAGACCCUGGGACUUGCAUGAUGGGCGGCAACGCUUGGAGCAAUUUCAACUAUUACCCCAGCUCUCAGAGAAAUGCCCAGCAGCAGCAGCAGCAGCAGCUGUCCAAACACGAGCAGCGGCAGGAUUCCAUCAAGAAAUCCCGGCACCUGGGGCUGCAGCAGCCCGCAGACAUCCCCCACUACAAAUCAAGCAAGCUGGAGGACAGGGCUGCCGAGCCCGCCGGCCACGCCGCGCCGCCCGAGGAGCAGGUUCACAUUGACGCCGAGGUGGAAGCUCCUCACGUGGGUUACCAGUUCAGCCAGGGGGCUGAGGUGAUGCCCAGGGGCUUGGCUGUGUCCCAGCAGGAGCACGAAUCACCUCGCUCCUCCAGUAAAUCCAAGUCCUCCAAAGCUGAGGAGCAGUAUGGGAGCAUGCCCUCCAUCCUGGGAGUCAUGGGCAACUGGGCUGAAGAUGACCUGGCCAGGAUGAGGUUCAAGUGUCCAUUCUGCAGCCACGUGGUGAAGAGAAAAGCUGACCUGAAGCGUCACCUCCGCUGCCACACGGGAGAGAGGCCGUACCCCUGCGAGGCCUGUGGCAAGAGAUUCAGCAGGCUGGAUCACCUCAGCAGCCAUUUCCGAACUAUCCACCAGGCGUGCAAGCCCAUCUGCAGGAAGUGCAAGCGGCACGUGACGGAGCUGACGGGCCAGGUGGUGCAGGAGGGCACGCGGCGCUACAGACUGUGCAACGAGUGCCUGGCAGAGGCUGGCAUCGACAGCAUCCGCAUUGACUUGGAGGCUGAGGCGCCCCUGGAGUUCCCCCAGGACGGGGACAAGGAUGCCAGGUGGCACUACGGAGAGGACAACAGGUCUGACGUGGAAAUCGUCGAGGACGGCUCCAACGACUUGGUCAUCCAGCAGGUGGAUGACAGCGAGGAUGAAGCGGAGGAGAAGGAAGUGAAACCAAACAUUAGGUAGUUGGAAGACAAGGAUUGGGAAUUUUGUGGAAGAGGGAGGAUGUACUGUGAGCAAAUGCCCUCUGCCAGCUGAUCUACAGAGACACAUGGUUGAACAGGUCCAGACUUGCAUGUAUUUAUGGACACGUCAUUGAGGCCAUGCUGGUUUGUUAGCAGAACUCCCAUGUGUUGUUUGGUUAGAAAAUCCAUCCUGAAAUUAUGGCUAAACAAGGAAACUGCAGAAUUACAUGGAUAAUUUUUAUAGCAGAACCCCCAUGUGUUGUUUGGGUAGAAAAUCCAUCCUGAAAUUAUGGAUAAACAAGGAAACUGCAUUAUUAUCUGGAUAACUUUUAUAGCAGAACCCCCAUGUGUUGUUUGGUUAAAAAGAUCCAUCCUGAAAUUAUAGAUAAAUAAGGAAACUGCUUUAUUAUCUGGAUAACUUUUAUAGCAAAACCCCCAUGUGUUUUUUGGUCAAAAAGAUCCAUCCUGAAAUUAUGGCUAAACAAGGAAACUGCAGAAUUACAUGGAUAAUUUUUAUAGCAGAACCCCGUGUGUUGUUUGGUUAAAAAGAUCCAUCCUGAAAUUAUGGAGAAAUAAGGAAACUGCAUUAUUAUCUGGGUAAUUUUUAUAGCAGGCAAUGGGGCACAUCUCAAAGCCUCUUGCAAGGAGGUUUAAAUACUUUUUAAAAAGUCACAGAUUAUUGUAAAUUGCCCAUUUUUUACACUUGUAGAGAGGUGGGGUUUAUAUAAACAAAGUAUAAAACCCCCCAGACCAGACAACCUCUCUUGAGUGUUCAGAAGUGAAGAGAAUUAUCCAUCAAAUUUCAUUAAAUCUUCAUGUUAUAAUAAGGAAAACAGCAGCUAAUUAAGACAGAGCAUUUGAAUGUUUUGGCACUUUUGUCUGGAAAAGGAUUUCUGUAAAAUUUAUUAGGAUGAGAUGAAUCUUCAGUAGAUCAUAUGUUCAAGAUUUCUUUCUUUCAAAGAAAAUAAGCACAUAAAUGCUUAACAUAUCAAACUGAUUUAAAUUUGGAUCAUUAAUUGAUGGCAGUAGAUGUUUUUGUCUCAAAAUUAGCAUCUCAGACUGGGUUGGUUUAAUAAGGACUAUUAAAAUACUCUUUUUUUAUAUUUUGAAACCUCUCAAAAGUGCCCAGACAUGGUGGGAUUGUUGGGGUGCAGGGCCAGGAGCUGGAUUUGGGUGAUCCUUGUGGGUCCCCUCCAGCUCAGGACAUUGAAUUCUGUGCACCUUUUCCAAUUUGUACCAGUAAAACCAAGAUAUACUGGAAGUUCCAGACACCAUAUUUGUGUCAUUUCACCCACAGUUAGGCUACAGAGAUGGGUAAUGAUGAAGAAAUUUUAUUUCUCUAACAAAAUAAGCUUGGUUUUGCUGCUUGGGGGGUUUUUCUUACCCAGCACUGUCAGAGGAGAGGAGCAGGAGAUGCUCCUGGGGUCCCUUGCUCUGCAUUCCUUGGACACACCUGAGUGUUAUUGCAACUCUUGGGAUCAUGGAACUCAAUGGCUGUAGAUUUAGAAAAUUCUAUCUAUUUUCUUUCUUUUUUACAGCUUUGUAAGCAUGUUUGGCUGAACCCUGGGCUUUCUUACACAACAAUCCCACAUACAUAUAUAUAAAUAUAAAUAUAUAUGUAUAUGUACUAUAUAACCCUUCCCAGGGACAGCUAAAAAGUCACUAUUUUAUUUUUAGUUGUGUAAAAACUGUAUAACUUUUCUUGUAUCAUCAUGACCAGAGAGUGCAGAAUUUUCAUUCCAGGCUGCAGGUGACCAACAAAUGACAACUUGAGAACUUCAUGUUAAAUUCAGUGUAAGGAUUAUGCACCCUCCUCUUCAUGGGAAGCAUCCCAAGGACACAAGAAAUGGUGUUUUGCUGUUCCUACAAAAAUUAUAAUUUAUUGGCUUAGGUUUGGGGAGGGAGUAACUUAAAAAUCUUUGUGAUUACUCAGAUGAAAAGAUCUUAAACAAGACUUACACUUGAUUUUAUGGGACACUUGGUUAGCAGCCCAAAAAUGGACUUGAUGUGAAAACAGACAUUUAAUUUCUUGGAGCUUUUCAACUCCUAAAAUGCCUGUUAUGAAAUGGCUUAGAAAUAUUCCUGAGCAACCUGGACUAAAUCAAAUACACAGAACAAGAAAGAUUUCAAAGGAUAUGGAGUAACUUUGCUCAAAUUUCAUAGAUGUUUCCCUUUGCCUUUCCAUUAAACAGUUUGACAACAAAUCCCAGGUAUCAGUGCCUGCUGUCCCAGGGGAAAAACGUGGCUGGAAUUGGGCUGGCUUUGUUUGGGGAUGGAUAAAGGGGAGGGGAAAAUGAAAAUAAAGUGUUCUCUCCAGACCUGACAUCUUAACUGCCAACUGCAAAGGUCAGGCUAUUAAGUGUUUCUUAAUAGUGGGGGGUGUUUUUAGAAGCAAAGGGAUUUUUGGAUCAAUACUCAAUUUAAUUAGAGAUCAUAAAUCUAACAAUACUGAGGAGCAGAUGCUUCAGAACGAGAUCUGAAGUGGCUCUAAACAGGCAAAUGGAGCAAUCUAUCCACAGGAAGACUUUUACUUUUCAAACACAGAUUAAUUGUUGAUUUGCUGGGCAAAUAAGGGCUUUUUUCUGGAUUUAUAUGUUGUUAUUCUCAUUAGUAGAACUAGGUAUCUGUAGUAAUUUUUAAAGUAUCAUAUUAAGCUUGGAGGUUUAGCUCAAGGCUGAUUCCCACAGUCAAUGAUGUUUUCCUGGUUUUUAAAAGUUACCAUUUUUACAUUUGUUGUCUUAAUUUUGGUCAUUGUUUCCUUCCUUUUGUAUUGCAAUUCAAGAUGAAUGUUAAGUGCC